AUGUCGCAGCCGCCGCCGCCGUUCGCCUCGCGCUUCGCGGGGCCGCCUCAGCUCCGCGGCUUCCCGGCAACCGGCGGCCCUCCCCCGGGGCUCUUCCGCGGGCCGCCCCCGCCGCAGGCGUUUUCUCCCCCCUCGUUUCCGCCGUUUUCGGGCGGCGGCGGCGCCGGCCUGCCGUCGCCCGCUUACCCGCCGCCGCGGCAUCCGUUCCCGCCGCCCCUGCCCUGGCCGCAGCAGUCGCUCCCGCCGCCGGAGGGGCCCUCGCCGCCGUGGCGGCCCGACGCCUCGCCCCUGCUCGCGGGCGGCCGGCCCAGGCUCAGGCCCGCGCUUGGGCCCGAAGCGGCGGGGCCCCCGGACAGCCUCAGCAGGGCGGGCCGCGACGGCGGCGGCGAGGACGGCGGCGUCGGCUGCCUGGCGGAGCUGCGGGCGCUGGUGCGGCCGCUGCGGGGCGGCGACCCCGCGGCCCUGUCGCGCCGGCGGCUGGAGAGGAGCCGCCAGAAGCGGGAGCGGCGCUGGCAGCGGCGGCAGGAGCGGCGCGCGGCCCGCGAGGAGGCGGCGGCCCGCCUGGCCGAGCGCGAGGCGCGGAUCGACCGCUGGCGGGCGCGGCGCGCCCAGGAGGUGGAGGACCGGCACCGGGAACAAGAGCUUAAAGCUGCUGCAGACAGUGUGUUAUCUGAAGUAAGGAAAAAGCAAGCAGACACCAAACGCAUGGCAGAAAUUGUACGUGGCUUAGAAAAGCUUAGGAAACUAAGAAAAGAAGCAGCUGCCAGGAAAGGUGUUUGUCCACCACCUGCUGCAGAUGAAGCCUUUGAAAAUGAAGUCCAAAGCUUAAAGACCCUGAUUAAAACACGCACUGAACUCUAUGAAGCUGAAGAACGAGCUUUGCGGGUCAUGCUAGAAGGAGAACAGGAAGAAGAAAGAAAAAGGGAAAUGGAGAAGAAACAGAAGAGGGAAAAGGAAAAACUCUUGCAGCAGAAGCGUGAAAUGGAUUCCAAACUGUUUGGGGAUCCAGAUGAAUUUCCCCUUGCCCACCUUUUGGAACCCUUUACACAAUAUUAUUUACAAGCAGAAUAUUCAGUGCCAGCACUCAUCCAGAUCAGGCAUGAAUGGGAUCGGUAUCUGGUGCCUGCAGAUCACCCUGAAGGAAAUUUUAUCCCACCAGGAUGGGUCCUUCCCAGUCCACCUUCCAGUGACACUUGGGCCACAGCUGUCCGAUGAUGUCUUCACAAUCCCACUGAAGUCCUAAACAAUAGCAGUUCAUGAAUGAUAACACAUGCCUUGUAAAUUCCUUUGAGCUUAAAACACUUCAUAAAAGUUUCACUGGAAAGCAGACCUGCUGGAUACCCAAGACCGAUAAGAAUCAGAUUUGCAGCUGAUUCAAAAGGCAAGUAUAGUUUUCUGGAACUGUGGCUUGCUUAGGAUUGGUGCUAAAGAGGCCUCUACUUUUUCUUUAAGUUUAAAUGUUUGCUUCCAAGGAGUGUUUCCACAAUACACAAGGAGUGUUUUAUAUAAAGAGCCGCUGGUGGCGGAUAUUUUGGGGUCUGUGGAGCCGCUCUGCACUUUAAAACCAGAACACACUUUUUAAGAAUUUAAGACUCCCCUGCCUUUAUCUUAAAAAGUGCAAAGUGACAUUUAUUUGCUGCAAAGUUAACAGCGUUGUUCCAAAAGCAGAGAAAUGAAUUUGUUGUGGACGUGUGUACAAGCAAAACCAAAUAACCUGUACUAUUAACUGCACCAUGAUAAGCCAGAAUACAAACCUGAGGCAUCUUUUGGAUAGUUGUGGCAUAUGUUUUUCAUUUUCUGAUUUUUCAAGGGAAAUCAAAAUUAAUUAUCCUGAAGCAACAUCAAAGAUUGUUUGUGAACACUUAGGAAUGUUAAACAGGUUUUCAAGUUACAGA